UUGCAACAUCAGGCAUCCGUCCGCUGGGCACCUUCUUUCUCGGUUGCAGUCGCUAACCGGUUUCUGGGUCCGGCUGGCGAUUGAGGGUGAUUAUCGCCGAUACCAUUGAUAGUGAUAAGUUUUGAUUCCUAUCUUUCUCUGUUCCGUGCCUCUAGAGGGGUGGGUGUCUGGAGGGGCAAUCAGAACCGAGCUCCCGAUCGGCCGGUGGAGAAGGCAGCAUAGCUCAGUGGGCUCCUCUCAUUGCUGUUUGUUUGUGUUACUGUUAUUACUGCUCUUGGAGAGUGCGCGGAGUGAGCUGAGAGCCCGCUGCCCUCCUCGCCCUCCGCCUUUUGCAGCCCGGGAAGCCCGGAGGACCCCCGUCUCCCCCAGCCGUCGCCGCCACCAUGCUCGACCCGUCGUCCAGCGAGGAGGAAUCCGAUGAGAUCGUGGAAGAGGAGAGUUGCAAGGAGGUGCUGGCCCCGGCUGCCUCCGGGGCACGCCUCUCGCCCAGCCGGACCAGCGAUGGCUCGGCGGGUGGCGGGGUCGGGGCCGGGGGAGGCGGCGGGGCUGGGGCAGGAGGAGGCGGCGGGAGCGGAGGGGGCAGCGGCAGUGCUGGCGCCGGGGCCGGGGGGCUGCAGCCUAGUAGCCGGGGAGGUGGCGGCGGCGGCCGGCCCUCCAGCCCCAGUCCCUCGGUGGUCAGCGAGAAGGAGAAGGAAGAACUGGAGAGAUUGCAGAAGGAGGAAGAGGAGAGGAAGAGAAAACUGCAGCUCUAUGUUUUCGUGAUGCGUUGCAUCGCCUACCCCUUCAAUGCCAAGCAGCCCACCGACAUGGCCCGCAGGCAACAGAAGAUAAGCAAACAGCAACUACAAACAGUGAAGGAUCGUUUCCAAGCGUUUCUCAAUGGAGAGACCCAGAUUGUGGCUGAUGAAGCAUUUAUGAACGCUGUCCAGAGUUACUAUGAGGUGUUUCUGAAAAGUGACCGUGUGGCCCGGAUGGUGCAGAGUGGAGGAUGCUCUGCCAAUGACUCCCGAGAAGUGUUCAAGAAGCACAUUGAGAAGAGAGUGCGCAGCCUGCCAGAGAUAGAUGGUCUCAGCAAGGAGACAGUACUAAGCUCUUGGAUGGCCAAGUUUGAUGCCAUCUACCGAGGAGAGGAGGACCCACGAAAGCAGCAGGCCAGGAUGACAGCAAGUGCUGCCUCUGAGCUGAUCCUAAGCAAAGAGCAACUCUACGAGAUGUUUCAGAACAUCCUGGGGAUCAAGAAAUUUGAACAUCAGCUCUUAUACAAUGCCUGUCAGCUGGACAAUCCAGAUGAGCAAGCGGCCCAGAUCAGACGUGAGUUGGAUGGGCGUCUCCAAAUGGCGGACCAAAUAGCCAGGGAGCGCAAGUUUCCAAAGUUUGUAUCCAAAGAAAUGGAAAACAUGUACAUUGAAGAAUUAAAGUCAUCUGUCAACCUGCUAAUGGCAAACCUGGAGAGUAUGCCAGUGUCCAAAGGAGGAGAGUUCAAGUUACAAAAGCUAAAACGGAGCCAUAACACCUCCAUCAUUGAUAUGGGAGAGGAGAAUGAAAACCAACUGUCAAAGUCUGAUGUUGUGCUGUCUUUCUCCUUGGAGGUGGUAAUCAUGGAAGUACAAGGCCUAAAAUCCUUGGCACCUAAUCGCAUAGUCUAUUGCACCAUGGAAGUGGAAGGAGGGGAAAAACUGCAGACUGAUCAGGCUGAAGCUUCCAAACCAACCUGGGGAACUCAAGGCGACUUCUCCACAACGCAUGCGCUACCCGCGGUGAAGGUGAAGCUCUUCACAGAGAGCACGGGUGUUCUGGCUUUGGAAGACAAAGAACUUGGGCGGGUUGUUCUCCGGCCCACACCCAAUAGCCCCAAACAGUCAGAGUGGCAUAAAAUGGCAGUUUCUAAAAACUGCCCUGAUCAAGAUCUGAAAAUAAAACUUGCAGUCCGAAUGGAUAAACCUCAAAAUAUGAAACAUUCUGGAUACUUAUGGGCCAUUGGUAAAAAUGUUUGGAAGAGAUGGAAGAAAAGAUUCUUUGUAUUGGUCCAGGUGAGUCAGUACACAUUUGCAAUGUGCAGUUACCGGGAGAAAAAGGCUGAACCGCAGGAGCUUCUGCAGCUUGAUGGAUAUACUGUGGAUUACACUGACCCACAGCCAGGUUUGGAGGGUGGCAGAGCCUUCUUCAAUGCAGUAAAAGAAGGUGAUACAGUGAUAUUUGCAAGUGAUGAUGAGCAGGAUCGCAUCCUGUGGGUCCAAGCUAUGUAUCGGGCCACCGGCCAAUCACACAAACCUGUGCCACCAACACAAGUUCAAAAGCUAAAUGCUAAAGGAGGAAAUGUGCCUCAACUAGAUGCUCCAAUCUCACAAUUUUAUGCAGAUAGAGCUCAAAAACAUGGCAUGGAUGAAUUUAUCUCUUCCAAUCCCUGUAACUUUGACCACGCUUCCCUCUUUGAGAUGGUGCAGCGCCUUACGUUGGACCACAGACUUAAUGAUUCCUAUUCUUGCCUGGGCUGGUUCAGUCCUGGACAGGUAUUUGUGCUAGAUGAAUAUUGUGCCCGUAACGGAGUCAGAGGAUGUCACAGACAUCUCUGUUAUCUCAGCGAUUUACUUGAACGUGCAGAAAAUGGCGCGAUGAUUGACCCCACCUUGCUUCACUACAGUUUUGCAUUUUGUGCAUCACACGUCCAUGGUAACAGUCAACAAAUGCACGAAUUACUUGGUGGGUUACAACCAAUUGCAGAAAGUGAGGGGAACAAAACUCCCUCUCCCUCUGAACUGGAGACAAAAAAGGAUUCCAAAAAGGAGUCCAAAAAAAGAAAAGAGUCUAAAACCCAGAUGAAUCCUGAACCCAAAAGGCCUGAUGGAAUAGGAACUGUAACCAUUGAAGAAAAGGAACGUUUUGAAGAAAUCAAAGAGAGACUCCGGGUGCUGCUGGAGAAUCAGAUUACACAUUUUAGGUAUUGCUUUCCAUUUGGCCGACCUGAAGGUGCUUUGAAAGCUACUCUCUCUCUUUUGGAAAGGGUCUUGAUGAAAGACAUUGUAACUCCAGUACCACAAGAAGAGGUAAAAGCAGUCAUCCGUAAAUGUUUGGAGCAGGCAGCUUUAGUCAACUAUACUCGCCUAUCAGAGUAUGCCAAAAUUGAAGGGAAAAAGAGAGAAAUGUAUGAGCAUCCUGUCUUCUGCUUGGCCUCUCAAGUGAUGGAUUUAACCAUUCAGAAUCAAAAGGAUGCAGAAAAUGUAGGCCGCUUAAUCACUCCUGCCAAAAAGCUAGAAGAUACAAUACGUCUUGCAGAACUAGUCAUUGAAGUUCUACAGCAAAAUGAAGAGCAUCAUGCAGAGGCCUUUGCAUGGUGGUCAGACUUAAUGGUGGAACAUGCCGAAACAUUCCUGUCAUUGUUUGCUGUGGAUAUGGAUGCAGCAUUGGAGGUGCAACCCCCAGACACAUGGGACAGCUUUCCACUAUUUCAGCUCCUAAACGAUUUCCUUCGCAGUGACUAUAACUUAUGCAAUGGAAAAUUUCACAAACAUCUUCAAGACCUGUUUGCUCCACUUGUUGUUAGAUAUGUCGAUCUGAUGGAGUCCUCAAUUGCACAGUCAAUUCACAGGGGCUUUGAGCGGGAGUCAUGGGAGCCAGUAAAGAGUUUAACAAGUAAUCUGCCCAAUGUGAAUCUACCAAAUGUGAACCUCCCUAAAGUACCAAACCUACCAGUUAACAUCCCUCUAGGCAUCCCACAAAUGCCUACUUUUUCUGCACCGUCAUGGAUGGCUGCUAUAUAUGAUUCUGAUAAUGGAUCAGGAAGUUCGGAAGAUCUCUUCUGGAAACUCGAUGCCCUACAAACUUUCAUUAGGGAUUUGCAUUGGCCUGAAGAAGAGUUUGGAAAGCACCUGGAACAACGCCUGAAACUAAUGGCAAGUGAUAUGAUUGAAUCUUGUGUUAAAAGAACCAGGAUUGCAUUUGAAAUAAAGCUGCAAAAAACCAGUCGAUCAACAGAUUUCCGAGUCCCACAGUCAAUAUGCACCAUGUUUAAUGUUAUGGUUGAUGCCAAAGCUCAAUCAACAAAACUUUGCAGUAUGGAAAUGGGCCAAGAGCAUCAGUAUCAUUCAAAAAUUGAUGAACUAAUUGAAGAAACUGUUAAAGAAAUGAUAACACUCUUGGUGGCAAAGUUUGUCACGAUCCUGGAAGGAGUACUGGCAAAAUUAUCCAGAUAUGAUGAAGGAACUUUGUUUUCUUCUUUUCUAUCAUUUACUGUGAAGGCAGCCUCUAAAUAUGUUGAUGUACCUAAGCCCGGGAUGGAUGUUGCUGAUGCCUAUGUGACUUUUGUUCGCCACUCUCAGGAUGUCCUGCGUGAAAAGGUCAAUGAGGAGAUGUAUAUAGAAAGAUUAUUUGAUCAAUGGUACAACAGCUCCAUGAACGUGGUAUGCACCUGGUUGACAGACCGAAUGGAUUUGCAACUUCACAUUUAUCAACUGAAAACUCUUAUUAGGAUGGUAAAGAAAACCUAUAGGGAUUUCCGAUUGCAAGGAGUACUGGACUCUACCUUAAACAGUAAAACCUACGAAACAAUCCGAAACCGACUUACUGUAGAAGAAGCAACGGCUUCCGUGAGUGAAGGUGGAGGUCUCCAAGGCAUCACAAUGAAAGACAGUGAUGAAGAAGAUGAAGAAGAUGACUAGAUUAUUGAUCCUAGAAUUUCCACUUGGAUGUAGCCCUGUAACCAAUGCAUGUCCCUAGUCUAUUAUUCCAUUAGCCACAUUAGAGAAUUUUCUGUCAACUCCAAAUGCCCAUGAGAAGUUUACCAAUAAGAUUGCCAUUUUAGCUAUGUGGUAACAAGAUUAGCACCUACCUUUUAUUCACUGGUUUCCUAAUUUCAUAUCUGUAUGUCCACAAGCAAUAUGGAGCACCAUUGUUUAAAUACUGUUUAUCGAGAAUUCAUGGUAGAUGUAUCCCUGUUAUAAGCAAAGUUAAAUGAUGCUUCAUUAAUGUACUGUAUACAUUGAUGGUAAAUUGUUGUGAAGAUGAGUGCAUCAAAGUACUUUCAUUUCCUUGUUUCUCUUAUGUGAAUGCCAACUGCUUAAAAGAAAAAAACAAACAGAAAAAGCAAUUAGCUUUGUUUUUAAAAGAAAAGUGAGGGUACUACAACUGAGUUCUUGUUCUUUCCAGGCCCUGAAAAAUUGAAGCUUGGUCACCCUGGGUUGUCAAUCAUAUACUUUUGAUCAUACAGUUGACUUCAUAGGGUCUCAUACCAACAAAUUAAUCAUUCUAUUGCCACAAUAGGAUACUACGUCAUGACAAAGCAGGCAAACACAUAAAUUCAGAGCAAUUGUUUUUCUUGACAUUCACCUGUUUAAGUGUUGCAUUUUGCUUUAGGGCUUAAUACCUGCAUAUGUACAAAAUAGUAAAUUGAUAAUUAUUAGACUAUAAAAUGUGUUUAUAAUAUGAGUAUUUAUUUCAGUAGAUUGUAACCAUAAUUUAAAUUACUUUGUUUCCCAAUGAUUUUUAUAUAUGUCAUGUACAUUGCAUUUUGACCAGUAACUGCAUGCCCCUGGAUUCUCCUCCGAAGCUUUUACUUUCUGUGUAAAGUAGUGGAUCCAUCUUGCUUUUGCCUUAUAUAAGCCUACAGUUGUAAAAGUGUGCAAGACUGUGGCUUCUCAAUAAACAACUAUCCAUAUGUCCUAAGAAUAAA